CCUUCCGGAGGAUUGUUGAUGUGCAAAAGCUUAGUUGCGGUAUUAACAGUCGGGGCUCUGCGACAGGUUCCACAUAGAGGACCAACCGACAACUCCACCUUUCACCGUUAGGUUGGGUUCCCCCCACCACCACCACCUUAGCGACGCCCCCGGCGUAAAGCCCGCCCACCCAACGCGCUGAGCCACUACUUCCGCCCUCGCCUGCCACUGAGCAAGAUGGCUGAGGAGCCGGAUUCCGUGCUGCAGCUCCCUCCCUCAACUGCAGCUGAUGGCGAAGGACCUACGGAGGUCUCCCCAGAAACAGCCACUCCGGAGCCCCCUUCUUCCGCCGCGGUCUCCCCGGGGACAGAAGAACCUGCCGGAGACACCAAGAAAAAAAUUGAUGUCCUGUUGAAGGCUGUGGGAGACACCCCUAUAAUGAAAACAAAGAAGUGGGCUGUAGAGCGAACCCGAACCAUUCAAGGACUCAUUGACUUCAUCAAAAAAUUCCUUAAGCUUGUGGCGUCUGAACAGUUGUUUAUUUAUGUGAAUCAGUCCUUUGCCCCCUCCCCAGACCAGGAAGUUGGAACCCUCUAUGAGUGCUUUGGCAGUGACGGUAAACUGGUCCUACAUUACUGCAAGUCUCAGGCAUGGGGAUGAAGUGCAGAGAAAAAGCCCUUGCUACCCAAAAGCAUCUCCACAAAGGAAGCAGCUCUGGAAAAAGUUGAUACUUGUGACAAGAGACUUGUGUAUGUGAUCUACACAGCAUGUAUCCACUGUGAAUCAUGUUUAUGCAUAAAGAAAUCCAUAGAGUAGAUGGACUCACAAAAAUGUGAUUUGUAUUAAUUCACAAAUCAUCAUAAAAGAUUGGCUUUACAGUUUACCCAUUAUUACGACAACUACUGCUCCAGAUCGGCCACCAAGGAGUUGAAAAAGAGACUAAGACUGUUACCAACCAGAAUUGUUAUCAGUUCUCAGUGACUGAAAUUGUUUACUUGUAGAAAGAACACUCAGCUGCUUUUUUCCCCACUGUGAAAGUCAGUUUUCUAACGGAUUCUUUUUUGUGCAUAUUCAGGGAGUUUGAGCCAUGGGUUAUGCCUUUUCUCCUGUACGGUUAGAUCUACAGUGUUAGGCAAUAGUCCCAUUGACCUGCUGGCUUUGUGUCUUACACGCCAGUAGGGGGCAGCCUAGCUGGCAGAAGGAGUUAAGCGGUUUGGUUUUAUACCUUUGCCAGAUGAUAAUGGAGGAAAAAAGCGAUUCCUGCUAAUUUCUAGCAAACAUAGCCAAGACAAUGCAUGUUGACACACUGAAAAGCUGCUUUAGAGAAUAUGCGUGGUUUAGAAUUAUUUUAUUGGGAAAACAGAAGGAAUUUUACAAAUUGUGACAGUUGAGUCACACAACUCUUUUCAGUCCUAUCAUAUAAAUGAUUGUGAGUCCUAAUGGUUCUAACUGUGGUGUUGCUUCAUGUCUUACUUUUACAUUGUCAGAAGCACUCAGUAAACCUGGCAACAUCUUUGAGUUUUUUGUAAUCUGUUUUCUAACUUGAAAACGUUUACUCGAAUAAUUGGAUAGCCUUAGGUUCCAUAUGUAUUUCAUGCUAUGACUAAAAGUCCCAUUUUCCCUGAUUCUAUUAGACUGUUAAUUGCUUGAAGUGAGAUUCUGUAUUAUAUCAUUCUGUAUUAUAAUGGUAAUGCAGCAUUUCAAAAAGCAUUCCAAUAAAUUGAAUGGAAUGUCCAAACAGGAUCUAAGAUAUA